UUCAACACCACAACACCUUGGAGGGAAAACUGAGAAUCAAAAUUAGGGUUUCGUUUCUGCUUACAUCUUCCACACAAAGCCCCGAUCUUUUUAUCAGUUCUCCGUUCGCCGGGAACAACCGUGCCCCGCCGCUCCUUCUGUUUGGAAUUUCAGUUCAGACUUCUCAGGAUUACGUUUGUUCAAGGUUGAAAUGCAAACAAGGAAGAAAAUUUCUGCGAGAACUGCUUCGAGAGAGCAUACCAGUCCCAAGUAUUGGAUACCAAAGUUACCGAUAUGAUUACAUCUUCCUCUAGAAAGCAGAGAGUCUGUGGGGCUCAUAAGAAGAAUGUGCAGCCUGUUAGUACAACCACUUUAAGUACAAAUUAUGACUUGCUGCUUAAUGAAACUGCUGAGACUUGUCUGGGGCAUGAUGCUUUAAGUGAUGAUUGCAAGGAGAAUAAGUGUUGUGAGGAGGGUACUGCCGAGUGCAUGCUGGUGGAGAAUCUGCCAAUGGAGUUGAUUUUGUUGAAUACUUUGAAAAUAGAGAUCACAAUUUCCAUCAAGAGAUGGAAGUACAGUACUCACCCGAUGAUGCACACGUUGGUUAUGUUGGCCGAGAGACUUGUGAGUCCACUGUUUGAGAGGAGAACAACUACUGUGAGAACACAUAAUCUUCAGUUGAUAUAACAUGUCCUGUUGUGGUGGCGAUCAAUAUUUCUUCUGAAGGCUCAGCCAUAUAUCUUGCCAUAAAAAAAGAAGCAAGGGUCAUAUGAGCUCCAGAAACUUGGUUGGAUUUGAGGAUAAAAGGGUCACAACUUAGCCAGUAUUUUAGGAGAAAAUGCAAGCAUAGUCCAAAGGGACUAUUCUCCUAUCCAGCCACAGUCAACGGGACUAAAUACUCCGUGCAUAGGAAUUCAUGGCAUGUUCUUCUUGAUGCAACUGGUCUGAAUUUAGGGGAUGACCGGCUAGUGCUUGCGAUGUAUCGCCCGGAUUUUGUUCUAUGCACCCUCAAAAAUACACAUUCCCAGCCAUCUAGUAUCACUUGCUUAUUGGUUAGGAGAAAAACAUUUGAUACUAUGGCACCUCCAGCCUAAAUACAUAACUGGUGAAACAUGAAAACUGCUUGUAAUUUUGUUUUCCUGGUUCCUGUAAACUGUUAUUUGGCUCCUGGUAAAUGGGAUUGUAUUUAUUUCUGUUCUAAAUGGAGCACACAGUAUAUUACUUUUCCUACUAAUAUUUUAAUUGAAAACCUAACAGUCU